AUCAGGAGUAAAUAGUAGUCUUUAUCUCAAAGCACAGUUUUCAAUCUCACAAAUAACGAAGAAAUCAGAAUGGCAGAAAUGGCUGUGUCUUUUGCUAUUGACCAACUUCUUCCGUUGUUGACAGAAGAAGUCAAUCUUCUCAAAGGUGUUCACAAGGAAUUUGGAGACAUUAAAGAUGAACUUGAAAGCAUCCAAGCCUUCCUUAAGGAUGCUGAUAGAAGAGCUGCAGCUGAUGGAGAGAACAAUAGUGAAGGAGUUAAAACUUGGGUGAAGCAGCUUAGGGAAGCAGCUUUUUGCAUAGAAGAUAUCAUUGAUGAAUAUAUGAUCCAUGUAGGACAGAAGCCUCAUGGUCAUGGAUGUGUAGCUUUACUUCAUAAUAUUUCUCACUUACUCAGAACCAUGACCUCUCGCCAUCGAAUAGCAGCUGAGAUUCAAGACAUUAAGUCAUCUGUUCGUGGGAUCAAGGAAAGAAGUGAUAGAUAUAGUUUCCAACGUUCUUUUGAACAAGGAUCAAGCAGAUCCAGGGGAAGCUGGAAUGACAAAUGGCACGACCCUCGACUGGCUUCUCUUUACAUUGAAGAAGCUGACGUUGUGGGCUUUGACAAACAAAGGGACAUUUUGAUUGAUUGGAUGAUAAAGGGAAGGGCAGAGCGCACUGUUGUUUCUGUGGUAGGAAUGGGAGGGCAAGGAAAAACCACUCUAGCUAAGAAAGCUUUUGACAGCAAGGAUGUCGUUGGACACUUUGAUUGUCGUGUAUGGAUCACAGUGUCUCAAGCAUAUGAUGUUGAAGGGUUGUUGAAGGACAUGUUGCUCAAGUUUUACAAACAAAAAGGAGAGGAUCCUCCUAUGGGUAUUUUUCAAAUGGAUCGAGGGUCAUUGAUGGAUGAAAUUAGAAACUACUUGCGAAGAAAGAGGUACGUUAUCGUGUUUGAUGAUGUUUGGAGUCUACAUUUUUGGGAUGAUAUCGAAUUUGCUGGAAUUGAUAGUAAAAAUGGAAGUAGGAUAUUUAUAACAACAAGGAUAAUUGAUGUUGUGGUGUCUUGUAAAAAAUCUUCUUUCAUUGAAGUUCUUGAGUUGCAAUGUUUAACUCAUGAACAAUCUUUGGAGUUGUUCAAUAAGAAGGCAUUCAAAUUUGACUAUGAUGGGUGUUGUCCAAAAGAGCUAAAUGGUAUAUCUAAUGAAAUUGUAAAAAAAUGCAAUGGUUUACCGCUAGCAAUUGUUGCCAUCGGUGGCCUUUUAUCUACAAGAGAGAAAAAUGUGUUUGAGUGGAAGAGAUUUAGAGAAAAUCUAAAUUUAGAGUUAAAGAGAAAUACACAUCUAAUUGGGAUAAAUGAAAUUUUAAGUUUAAGUUAUGAUGAUUUGCCUUACUAUCUCAAGUCAUGCUUGUUGUAUUUUGGAGUAUAUCCAGAAGAUUUUGAAAUUAGACCAAAGAGAGUCAUUCGACAAUGGAUAGCUGAAGGAUUUGUGAAGGAGGAAAAGGGAAAGACUAUGGAAGAAGUGGCAGAGGGAUAUCUAACAGAGUUGAUACAUAGAAGCCUGGUUCAAGUAUCCUCACUUAGAAUUGAUGGCAAAGCUAAAGGUUGUCGUGUUCAUGAUCUAAUACGUGAUAUGAUCCUUGAAAAAGAUGAGGAUUUUAAUUUUUGCAAGCAUAUCAGUGAUGAUGGACAAAGAUCCUUAAGUGGAAUAGUUCGGCGCCUAUCAUUAACAGCCAUUGACAAUGUUUUCAUGGAGUGUAUUGAUGGAUCUCAUGUUCGGUCACUAUUUUGUUUUGGAAAUAAAAUAUCCUUUCCCUUUUAUAGAGGAAUCCCUACGAAGUACAGGUUAUUGAAGGUUCUUGAUUUUGAAGGUUUUGUUAUGAUUCCUAAGAAUUUGGGAAAUUUCAUCCACUUGAAGUAUUUAAGCUUCAGCCUGUCAGAUUUGUUAGUCAAAUUCCCAAAAUCCAUUGUUAUGCUCCAGAACCUAGAGUCAUUGGUUCUAAAAGAUGCAUAUAAUCUUGUGUUGCCAAAAGAGAUUAGCAAGCUCAGAAAGCUAAGACAUCUUAUCGGCCAAACAUUGUCCUUGAUUGAAUUAAAGGAUGGAAUUGGAGAGAUGAAUUCCCUACAAACUCUGCGUAAUGUUUAUUUGGAUUUGGAUGAUGGAGCAGCAGAGGUAAUUAAAGCAUUAGGAAAACUGAAGCAGAUAAGGGAAUUGGGGUUGCUUAAUGUUCCUAAGGAAUAUGGAAGCAUUUUAUCUUUCUCAAUAAAUGAAAUGCAACACUUGGAAACAUUAAACGUUGGAUCAAGUGUUGAUUUCAUUGAUUUGAGUUUGAUUUCAAAGCCAUCUAUGCUUCGAAAACUUACACUUCAUGUGUGGUUAGAGAAAUUUCCACAGUGGAUGUCAGAUCUUCAAAAUCUUAGUGUGUUGAAGUUGUUUUACCCUGAUUCUACUAAAGAUCCAUUGCAAUCACUAAAAAAUUUGCAACACUUAUUGAUGUUGUCCUUAGACCUUAGUAAGUAUGAAGGUUUAGGUUUGCAUUUUCAUGAUGGAGAGUUUCAGAAACUAAAGGAACUGGAAGUUAGAGGUUGCAUUGAAUUGAAGGAAAUUAUUAUCGACAAAGGAUCAAUGCCUUCCCUAAAAAAGCUUAAGUUAGUGCAACCCCUCAAUCUGAAGAAUAUACCUACUGGCAUUGAACACUUAGAGAAGCUUGAAGAUCUCUAUAUUUGGGGUGUGGAAGUUGAAUUUGUGCAGCGCAUUCCUACCGAGGAUUGGAAUUGGAUCAUGGAGCAUGUGGCGCUUGUAAAAAUUUAUUCCAGAGUCUGGGAAGAAAUUCAAAACUCAAGGAGUUAGAAAUAACGCUUUAUCAUACUCUAGGUGAUUCUGGAAAUGGUGUGGUGUUUCACCACAACAUCCAAGGAUCUGGCAAUGGCCAUUGCAUGUUCCCUCUCUGGUGCUGUUAUGUUAGCUGUUGGGGUGCACCUUUCUUAUGUCAACGUUGAACCCCAACGAGCCCGAACCUUGGCUCGCGAUAAGUUGGUCUUAGAUACGUUGAGAAAGAAGUAUGGUUACAUCCCUCCAUCAGAGGUCUGGAGGAUGGCUCGCAGCAAUUCCAAUAAAGAGCAUAAUUAAUGAGACCUCGGGAAUCGGGAUUAAUAAUUACAUAUGGGGGUGCUGCUAAUUUCUGAAAGAUUUGGUUUUUCAUUCUCGCUCCUUUGUAUUCCUUUCACUUAUUGAUUCCUGAAAGAGUGAAUGAUGAAUAGAUGGUUAUUGCUAAUGUUUUCAACCAUAAUUUAAAUGCUCCUAGUUGUUGUACCUUGAUCUGAGUUUUUGCAAUGUGUAUAGUUGCACUCAUUGUUAUGCAAAUUGUGUGUUAUAGGGUUGGUCUGUUUUACAGAUUUUAUCUUUGGCAAUUAAAUAGUUGCAUUGAUAUUGGAGGCAUCAAAUUGGUAUGUGUUGAUUGAACUUUUCUUAUGAAAUAUCUCAUUAAUUGA